GUACGACGAUUACGGUGAUCGAGUGACUACUCUGACUUCGUUUCCUUUUAUUGAUUUUGAUAGACCUGAAAAUAAAACUAUUGCAUUCUUGACUUUGUAUUUAUAAAUUAAACUCUUGCAACUACUUGUUGAAGAAAGUGUUCUCAAGAGUAGGAAGAAGAGUUGAAAUAAAGAACGACUUGUUACCCUGACCCUCUGUCAAGUUGAGAGAUUCGCGAAUUUCGUCGAACGCUCUUCUAUAUUAUUGCGUUUGUUCUCAAUACCUAGUAUAAAUACAUUUCAGUCUAGUACUGAUUAUGACGAUCGAUUUCAGUGUUCUUCACGUAAACCUAGUUGAAGAACAUAUCAUUUAGCACCUAUCUCCGUAGGACGAUAACAAGAAAUCGUCGGCUUUUUGUGGUUGAAUGUAGCCAUUAAAGUCGUACUCUUGAAAUAACAAAAAGUUCAGUGCAGUUUUUCGUGAAGUUAUCUAUAAUUAGCAUACAAUUUGUUAAGGGUCAUCAAGAUUAAGGAGCAAAUAUCAGAUUUAUGUGGCAUCGGAUAAGGUGUAAUGGUGUAAAAUUGCUUACUAGACCUAAACAAGCAAACAAACAAACGGGACAAGCUAAAAAAAACUGUUUAAGAAUCUUGGAGUGUGCACACAGAAGUAGUGUCUCUUGUCAUAUUUUUACCUGAUAGAAGGGGUCGUAGAAACAAUCAAUGAUACGAGAAUUUUACGAUAGUUCGGAUGAAGAUGACAUGGAUAAACAGUAUCAGAUAGAUCAGGAAUGCUUGGUGACUCGGCCGGACUGCGACAUGCAUAACCGGUGCUGUGGUGGUAAAGCGUGGUGCAUCAGGGACAUUUGUGGUAUAAUUUGUGCAGUUUUAACAUGGCUCUUGAUACUGUAUGCGGAAUUCGUAGUGAUGAUGGUGAUGCUUCUGCCAGGCCUUUCCACAUACCCAGUGUAUAGUUACAUUAACAUAUUCAUAUUCCAAAGCCUGGCAUUCCUGGCGUUCGCUUCUCAUCUCAGGACUAUGUUUACCGAUCCCGGUGCCGUUCCUAAAGGCAAUGCGACAAAGGAAAUGAUAAAGCAGAUGAGUUUUCGAGAAGGUCAGGUGAUAUUCAAGUGCACCAAGUGCUGCAGUAUUAAGCCAGAACGAGCACAUCACUGCUCUGUCUGCCAGCGAUGCAUUAGAAAGAUGGACCACCACUGCCCUUGGGUUAACAACUGUGUCGGGGAGAAUAAUCAAAAAUAUUUCGUAUUAUUCACCUUUUACAUUGCGGCGAUAUCGAUCCACGCGGUGGGUCUCGCUGUGUACCAGUUCGUGACGUGCAUCCGACAUGAGUGGCGAGACUGCAGUGCCUACUCGCCGCCCGCCACCGUCGUAUUACUGCUGUUCCUGAUCGCGGAAGCAUUACUAUUCGCAAUUUUCACCGCCGUUAUGCUAGGCACUCAGUUACAUGCCAUAUGGAACGAUGAGACUGGCAUAGAGCAGUUGAAAAAGGAACAAGCUCGAUGGGUUCGCAAGUCUCGAUGGAAGAGUAUUCAGUCGGUAUUCGGCAGGUUCUCCAUCCUUUGGUUCUCACCAUUCACUCAGCCUUCACCCAAGACGAAAUUGGAAAGCUAUCUGUAUAGUGUUUAGUGUUUGUAUUCCAUAGACACGGAUGAGGAAGAUAUUGAGGAUACAUUAGAACAUUUGAGACAUCUGAAAGCGUUUUAACAUUAAACAUUGGUCUUACAUAACAGGUACUAUAGUUAUACCUAGUGACCUAACAAAGCUUGAGCUACUUGUAGUGUAUUGAAACUAAUUCAGAAAAGGUCAAAUGCCAUCAUAACGGAAUGUGAGAUAUUUCCAUAUUUAAUUCUCUGUAUAAAAAAUCGCGAACUAUAUUGCUUUUAGCAAUGUCUGAUGAUUAGUUCUUGAACUUUUCUGACUUUAGAUCAAUUUCCUUAAUGUUCUUCUCGUAUUUUCCUCAGCCGUGUCGUUUGUGGUAUAGUAUUAUCACCACAUCCACAUAUACAAACAUAGUAGUGUAACAUACAUCCACAAAUUCAUAUUCACAUCUCAAUGUAUUAUUAUUUGUAAUCAUUAUAGCUACUUAUCUUCAAAAGCAAUUGAAAUUGACGAAAUCCAGCAGUCAAAUGUUGGUCUUUGAAUGCACCAUAUAAUCUUGCCUUUGAGGCCAACAUCACAAUAUUCUUAUUGAUAUAAUUUAGUCACUCUCGUCUCACUAUGAUUGACUAUGACUGACAACGGAAUUUGUAGAGUAUAGAUAGUUAGGAAACCAAACGUCUGCAUUUACUAAUACUUAUUUAAUUGUUACAAAUAUUUAUCACAAAUGAUUAAUGAUAUAUAAAUUAUUCUGGUAUAGGUAAGGUUACGAAUAAAUAGUAACUGAAACAUUUACAGAUUUAUACAGAUUCGAAAUGAAAGCAUGUAGGCGUGUCGUAAGCUACGCACACAAAUCCCGUGUGGUCUCGUACGGAGUCACAUAAUAGUAAUAUUAAUAUUAGGCCUCGAUGUUGUACUAAAUUUUUUAAUAAAUAAUAUUAUUAUUUAUCAAGAUCAUCGUAGAUCUCUUUAAUAUAAUAAUGGUAUUAAGUUCUUGUGCUAUGAUAAAAGUUCAAAUCACAAAUUAUAUAUUAUUAUAGAUAAGUUAGCAAAUAUCUAUCUAUGCAAUAAAAUUAAUGCUUUAUCUUUCGUAAAGUAUUGCUUUUUGAAUGUAUCUUGUAACAAAGUUACUAUACGUGUUAGGUAUAGUGUAGGACCAAUGACAUGAUAGAUCUCUCCUAUGCUCAUCAUUGAUGAGUGUAUCUAUGACCUUGGUUUUGCCUGAAAUCAGAUAUUUGCCUUGACUACAGAAUAACACGAUAUUCUGUUGAGAAGUGCGUGCAGACUGGUCGUUGUUAAUUCCAUAAAGGUUUAAAAUGAAACUUUUGUUGUUGCGUAAUCAUGAUUAUUAUUAAUUUUAAAUUGAAUUGAUUGUGAUUGUAUUUAUUUCGUUGUAAUUAUUGCUUUCUUUAUGUUGUUAUUUACAUGUGAAGUUUAUUUCUUAAGUAUAGGUCGACUAAUGGCCGCGGGAACAAACAACUCGAUAGUUAUACAUAUUUUAGUUGGUGGUUUAAUGGCGGAGUAAUAUGAACGGUAGGUUGCAACGCUGUUGUGAUAUAUUAAGUGUAAUCUAAUUAACGUCUUUAAGUGAAAAUAUAAUUUUGCUUCAGUUUGAGCAAUAGUGGAUUUGUAUUAUCAGUCAGUGAUAGACUUAACUUGUUAUAACUAUUGAUAGGUCAGUUUUGGUGUAUAAAUUAUUUACACAAACGCUUAUCUUUUUGAUGCGUUUGUUGUUUUUUUUUGUAUUAUUUUGAUUCGUAUGUAGUUUAAUUAAGUUCGGCUGAACAGAGCAUUGAAAGCGAGAUGGGAGCGAAGAUAUCCUGAGGUUUUAUUAUAUGUAGUGCAUAUUUAUCAUUCUUCCUCAUAAAUCAUCCUGCAGUCAGUGUAAGAAUAUUAUUUACAAAGUAGUGUUUCAAUGCCAAGGUAUUGAGGCACCAUACUUUAUACCUAGUAAGUGUCGCAACUUUGUUGGUCUCCUCAUUAAAUUGAUAUUUUCAUUCAUAUGUCACGUUCCAUAUUUAUUCCAUGUUAGUUACACCUUACAUACAGUUUAUUAGCGACUGUAUAUUUAAUCUUUCGGGUGAUAGGUAAAUAUGCACUAUUUGUGUAGGACGAAGGGAUUAUCUAAUCUAUUGCUUGCUCCCGAGGCGCUUGCUCGCGUGUGUGACCGCCUUACGUUGCAGUAAAGCAGAUAUUUUAGCAAUAGCAAUACAUACACAGACCAUGAGUAGUUACUAGUUAUGCUUCUAACGACUGCAUAAUAAUUAGAUGUAAGCGUAUAUCGGUGAUUCUAUUAAGAACCGUUAACUUUGCAAUAAUUAAGUGCUGUUUACACGUAUUAUUUGUUAUUAUGUGUUAGCUAAGACCUUCGUUUUUGGGAAACAAAUCUUUGAUGGCUUUAAUGUUUUAAGUGUCAAGCUUAGAGCCGACAUAAGUUUAAAAAAUAUUUGUAAUUUCGCGGCAAACUUAGUUUGGUGUUACUGUGGUGAUUAUGUCAUCCUUAUUAGCUGUGUCCACAUCGGUCGAGCUUGUGGAGCGACCUUGUGAGUCAACUCUAUUUAUUUAGACGUGUCACAGUUCUACUCAGACGCAUAUUUGUGCUCUGAUGGACUUACAUAUUAGGUUGUAAUUGCUUGCAACUUUGUUUGCAAGUAUCAAGUACCUAAAGUAGCCACAACUUCCUCUAAUUAAAUGAGCCCGAGCGCUGUGUUCACUAUAUACAUUUGUAGCCUCUUGACAGUUUUAGAUACUAUCAAUACUAGUAUCUCUAUCCUGCAAUCUCUUCCUAGGUUACUAUCAUCUUAGGAAGUUCGGACUCCUUAUAAGUAACACCAAAUCUCUAAAUUAAAAUUAAUAAAAUAUCUAAAAGCAAAAAAUGAAAUUCAGAAUACGCCAACCGGAGCCGUACAAAUCCACGAUAUUACAAACAUAUCAUAUCAGAAUAUUUGUUGCAUAACGCGAAUAUUUUGUGAUACUUUCUGUUAUAUACUUAGUCGUUUUGAAGCAAUAUUGACGUCUAUAUGUAGUUUGCUAGUAGGUGAUAGUAUAAAGGUUAGUAACUAUGCUCACUCCGGAUGGCUUACGUGAAUUGGUAUUGUGCUUAGCUUCAUUAUCGGCUUAUUAUAUAUUGCGGAAUUUGUAGAAAUUCUGGACUAUAUUUUUAGAAGACAAUGAGCGGACACAACACUAUAUUGAGCCUUAGAACGCGAAAGGAAAUGUACCUCAAUAAUAUACUAAAUACUAUUUCCAUAUAUUGAAUAUAAGCAGGCUAUCACCAUCAUUCUGUCACUAUAUAGUGAGCGUAGAAUAUAUUCAUGUAUACAUAUUUAUUGUGAUGAAGGUAUAUGUCACUUAAUCAGUCAUAUUUACUAUUUUUGCGGGUUUGUUACUAUUACUUACAAUUGUACUUCUUAAUUAAGCUUUCUAUUUCGUCGUUGCGUAACGUUUAAGACCUAUGUUACGUUAUCUACAUAACUUAUCAUAAUUAUUGGAAAAUAUUUUAGCUAUGUAAGUUUAAAUCUAUAUAUUUGAUGGAAAUAAAUAAUAUAAUUAAAUCUUAUAAGUAAUGCAGUUUGUAGCAAUAAUCCGAUAUAUUAUUUUGGAUAUUUUAACAAUGUUUUUGUAUUAGGUACUAUAUACACAUGUACUAUAAUCGUCAUUCUUAGUCAUAUGUGACCUGUAACAAAUAAUGCGCUGCCGAUACAAAGCGUACGCUGUGCGCUUGUAAGUGAUGAAACAUUAGUGAUUAAAGGUAAUGAAAUGUUAAGUCUCGACUCACGUUCUCAGGAUAGAAAAUAUUCUGCACUGAAAAUUGUGUCUUAUUUCCUAAAUGAUAGAGUAACACCAAGUUGUAGUUCGUUGUAGAUUUUUUCGUUAAAGAGCUAGAAUAGUAUAUACCUAUGUAAUAAUGUUUAUGGGAAGUUUCAGUGGGAAUCUGGUUUGCUUAGUGAACCGCAUGCCAAAGUAAGGUUGAUAUAUUUAAGUUAUAACGUGGCUUCGUUAGUGGCUUUAUUAUACAUAUCUUUGUAUUUGUCCAAUAGGGAUGAUUUAAUGGUUAAACAUUAAUAAUUUUGACUUGUAAUUAUCAUGUAGUUUCUGUGAAAUUAUUUGUCUAUAUAAAAUGUAAUCGAUAGUAGAAUCUUUUGUAAUAAUCUUGUGACUACAAUCAGCUUGCUAGAAGCUAGUUAUACUAUAUUUGACUUCAAUGUUUAUAAGUACAUUCUGAUGUGAUAAUUUGCCCCCGUUUUGUUCUGGACGAGAGCAAAGUGGAUUAUAUUAGCAAAAUGCAUAUUUUGUGCGUUCAAUUUUGAAAGCCACUUUCGUAGCUAGUUCAUAGGCUUCUGGUAAUUGAAUUGAAAUACGGUUCGUGUAAUAAGGCAUUGGUGUUAAUUUCAGUGAUAUUCUUUACGGAAGUAGUUAAAAGACAGGACCAGGCAAGCUUUAUAAAAACCUUUUGUUCAGUCACACUCUGGAAUCGAUUUUGACUAUAGAAUAAUAUAUGAAAUUAAUUCAUUGUGAAAAACACUUCAGUUAAGUAUAUCAAGUAAUAGUCUAUUUAAGAUAAACCUGUACUUGAUACUGUAACGUUUAAAAAUAUUACCAGGCGCAUCCAACAUGUGGCUGGUCUGAGUAAAUUGGUAAAUAUUAAAUAUGACAAUAUAUUCACUGAGAAAUUACGUUCAGGCCAUUAUCCAGACGACCAGGUACCGAUAUUUAAUUAGCCUAGUUGUAGUCGUAACUAUUUUCAUAUUAAUGUUCACGAUUUUAUCUAAUUAUUUAUGUCUUACUGAACAAAUAGUUUAGCUUAUUAGAUUAUAAUAUCAGUUUUACUUGAAGCGGGCUUGAAAUAACUUUGAGUGGAACAUUUUAAACCCCAGUUUCAUAUUUUUUGUAAUGUUUCAAGAUCGGUUUCGUGUACUCUAAAUACUUAAUUCUUUGUGAUGUUUUAAUAACACUAAUACUUAAAGUUCGGCUGCGAUUUCUCUAUGAUUAAGUGUAAUAGAAAGUCAGAAUAUCAUUCAUGAUAUUACGAUGUUUUAAGUAUAAUUAUAUUGCUAUAGUCAUUUGUCGCGAAUAUUGCAAUAUAUUAUAAUAUGUAACAGAAUACAAAAUCAACACUGUGCCUCUUUGAUUAGCUGACUCUAAGAAAGAACAGAUGAAAGUAGAUGUACAUUAUUUUUAUAGUAUAGUACUCCGUAGGUCACUAGUAAUCAAUCUCAUGUACACUUCAUGUACUCACAAUCAUAGCAUUAUCUUCUAAUACAUCAUAAUCAAACGUUGUGGAGGCUCUUGCACCAUACAUACAAACAAUGAUAUUUAAACUAGAUAUAAGGACUUGCGUUGUAUGGUUAUUUCAUAUAACUUUAGUUAUUGUAUUUACUCAAACUGAGUUCACACCCGUCGACCAUUUGUCCAGUAUUAAUAUUGUUUAUAACUAGUAAACAUAGGCAAUAGUAAGCACAGUGCAAGGAGGCCUAAAUAUUUAUUUAUGACUUGAUGCUUUCUAUCAUUAAGCUAUUACUACACUAAGCAUGAAAUACAUGAUAUAUUUUUUCGAUCGUAUUAAUUAUAUUUACGUAGAAAUGGGUAGGAUACAUUUCUCUUUGUAUAUACAUGUGAGGAUUUAUGUUGAUCAGUGCUUGAGACUGCUUCUAUGAAUUUCUACUGUAAUUACAGUCUAAUAGAACCUAUUCGAAACAUAAGGCAGCUGCCUCAACAGUACCUUCUGAUGUUCACGUCUAAAUUAUUAAAAUAUAACGUAGUAAUAGAUUUCAAUGGUGUCUACGUUGCAAGUCGACUCUACGCUACUUUUUCAAACUAAUAUACCCAAGCAACGUUCUUUUCAAAUGCCCCAAGUUCCAAUGAUUUUGCAGCCACGUUCUGUUUAUAAAUACUUUGUAUAAAAUAUUUCAAACAAUAUUUUUAUUGUGCUUAUAAUCAAUGUACUAUAAUGUAAUCGACAUUGUAAUCUUCUACAUACAAUUAAAAUUAUGUAGGUACCUAUUUUUGGAGCGCUAAAUAUAAUUGUCUAUAACGACUAGGUAUGUAAGCAAAUCACUUAAAUCUCCCUUAGUAAGUUGUAGACUGUAGACAUAUUAAUCUUAUCAUGAUAUACGUUUUUAAUUUUUUUUAAAGUGUUUUUUAUCAAGGUCUCCUUGACAUUAAAAUCAAAAUAUUUUUAUAAGUUACGCAACGUAAUGCGACAUAACUGAGUGUGCAAAAUCUAAGAGUAACUGCUGAAUCUCACUGUAGACUAAACAUCUUAUACAUUUAAUCGUUGCAUUCGGGUCAACGUUUU